AUGGAGUUUUUAAUAGGAAAUCCUUUCUCCACACCAGUGGGCCAGAGAAUAGAACAUGCCACAAGCUCCUCUCUGCCUGCUGAGGACUGGAGCCUUAACAUGGAGAUCUGUGACGUGAUCAAUGAUACGGAGGAAGGGCCAAAAGAUGCCGUCAGAGCCAUUAAGAAGAGAAUUGUGGGAAACAAGAACUUCAGGGAGGUUAUGCUGGCUUUGACUGUUCUGGAGGCGUGUGUGAAGAACUGCGGCCACAGGUUUCAUCUCCUGGUGUCAACUCGUGAGUUUGUGGAGGGUGUGCUGGUCCGAGCCAUUCUACCCAAAAACAACCCCCCUCUUGUCCUCCAUGACAGAGUACUGGGGAUUAUCCAGGCGUGGGCCGACGCCUUUCGCAGCUCUCCUGAUCUAACGGGUGUGGUCUCUGUUUAUGAAGACCUGAGGAGGAAAGGAUUGGAGUUCCCCAUGAUCGAACUGGACGGAUAUUCCCCCAUUCAUACUCCACACAGGGAGAGGAGGUUAAAGUCUGACCUGGAAGUGAUUCAUAGUAACCUCACAGUGAUGUCAGAUAUGAUGUCACAGCUGGAGCCAGGAGGUGCCCAACAGUCUGACACGGAGCUGCUACAACAGUUAUUUUCUCAGUGUAAAGGGAUGCAGAGCAGGUUAGUGGAGGUCAUUCCCAGAUUGUCUGAGGAGAAAAUGGUGCAGGAGGUGUUGGCAGCCAACGACGACAUCAACAACGUAUUCUCUCGCUAUCACAGGUUCCAGAGACAAAACUCUACACAGCAGAACCCAGCGUCUGACAACCUCAUUGACCUCAACCCCACCUCUUACCCAGUCAGCCAAUCAGAGGCAGCUCUCGCACACACAGCCGUCAAUACACUGUCCAGUCAGAUGGAUGACAGCUCAGACUCCACCCUCCUUGGCUCCUCCCCUCAAUUUGAUUGGAUGGUGGAAAAGGGAAUGAUCCCCAUUAACCAGAGUGCUGUGAUGGACGACAUUGAAAAAUGGCUUGAGUUUGACGAGGAUGAUGAUCUGAUUGAUUCUGAGGGAGUGACCAGUGAAGAGUUUGACAGGUUUCUGGCAGAGAGAGCAAAAGCGGCAGAGCGUCUUCCCUCAUUAAGGGCGUCCUCACAUGACCCAGACCAGCAGAACCAGGACCAGUUACAGAACUAG